GGUUUCCCAGACAGCAUAUAGCGACAUCAUUGGUCUUUUCCAUUUUUCACGCCCCCCCCCCUCCUGAUAGUGCGGGACGCCCGCAAUCGGGCCGCAGUUCGGCCUGAUUGGCCUGAUCCACGAGGAACGGGCCAGAACCGGAUCUCGUGAGGUGUGUGCGCUGUGCCCUCCUCAGCAGUCUUGUGGACAACGCGCGUCCGGCAUGCGCUGUGACUUGCCAACCAGAUCCCCAGUGGUCACUUCCCGUCACGCGCAGGACUUCGUCCAAGCUUCACCAACUGGAACCUGCUUUGGGGACAUGGGGACUCCUUUUCCAUGGCUGCCGAUGCUUGCCCUCGCGAUCGGCCUCGUGAGCCAUUCGUACUCCUUGUCAAGCCUUUUUCCCUACGUGGGGUACAUGGUGCAGCACCUCGGGGUCACCGACGACAAGGAUGAGGCUGGAUACUACGCCGGCUACCUGGCGUCCGCCUUCAUGGUUGGUCGGUUCGCCACCUCGUACUUCUGGGGCCGUUUCGCAGACCGCUACGGGCGGCUGCCCGUGGUGUACAUCGGGCUCAGCUCCAUCGGCGUCCUGUCUUUGGCUUUCGGGCUGUCGACCGCCUUCUGGUGGGCCCUCACUUGCCGGUUUCUCCUGGGAGCGAUGAACGGCCUCAUAGCUAUAUCUAAGUGCAUGAUCUCCGAGAUCUGCGGGAAGCAGCACGAGAAAGUUGGAAUGGGCUACGUCACAGGUUGCUGGUCCUUUGGCCUCGUCAUCGGCCCGGCCUUCGGAGGUCUACUGGCCCAACCAGCAACGCACUACCCGAACGUCUUUUCGGAGUCGGGGCUAUACGGAAGGUACCCUUACCUGCUUCCGAACGUGGUCGGGGCGAGUAUAGCCUUCAGCGGCUUGCCCAUGGUGUUUUUUUUCCUCAAGGAGACCACAAACUUGGACGACGGCAGGAGUGUAACCCAAAGCAGGGUCGGGUUCGAUCCUGUCGCGACAUCAGAACCAAGCACCCUCCUGGAAACCCAGGACUCGGGGAUGGAAGAGGGGAGGGGCGGACAGCUUGAGUUGACUCCGCUGACGCAGUCGAAUUCUCUGGAUGACGUGGACGACGACGAGGACGACGACGAGCAUCUCGCCGAACUUCUCGAGGAACGUUCUGAGGAAUGCUCCUCGGCAAGGGCUAUGGUUUCAAACGCCGCUGGUGGUGAUGGUGGCGGGCACAGAGCCGUCGUGCCUGAUUCGAAGGGUCGUGGAGCUAGUUCUGCCCGGGAGAAAUCGACUGGCGGUGCAAUCAAUCACCCUAGCAACGACAGGGUGGUUGCGCUUGGAGACGAAAGCGAAACCGCCAGCAAGAUUGAUGCUGAUCGCUACCGCGUUGGCAAUAGUUUCGGGGACGGCGGAAGCAACCGCAACAGCAGCGGCGAUCGGUUUUUGCAGCCUCCGAGGGAGGCACCCAGUGGAGGAGCAUCGCUUUCAUCUCCAGUUGGACGGAUUGCGACACUGGGCUUUGCGGGCAGUACCAAGGGAAGUCCUAGUGGAAGACGAGACUACAUCGGAGACGACUUGGGAAACAGGGUCACCGGAUUCAGCACCGAGGACGGUGGUGACGCGAGUUGUGCCGCCGGAGAGAGCCAAAUAGCUACGCGUAGAAGCGCGGUCUGGCGAGAGUGUCUCGUUCCGGUUAGGCUGCUCGAGGUGAAACGUGUCCGCGCCAUUCUCUUCGUGUACGGCAUCUACUCGGUGAGCGAGCAACCCCACCCAUUUUGAGCACGUCGUUUGAUAUGUGUUGUUACUGGUCAUUGGGCCAUUCUUCUGGGCUUCCAUAGUCAGCUUUCACCCCCUAUGUCUGUGAAAGCUUGUUCGCUCACCUGCAUGUACAUCUCCUUGAAAGAUGCUUGUGUAUCGCUUUCGUAGAUUGCGCUCAACGUGGGAACGGUAUUGUUCUUCCAACCUUCACAGAGAUGGUACCACGUACAAGAUUCGUCAUGCUUUUCUCGGUCGCCCCUGCAAAUGUCGCUCGACGGUUACGCAAGUUCGAACGAGUGCACUCAACAAAAGAACUCUCUUGUCACCCCUUACUCGAUGCCACGUCCGAUUAUGUGCUACACUGCAGGAAACGCAACCCCUCGGUCACACACAUCUCCCAACGUGCGUGUUCACCGCGCUUCGCCCCGAACACGAUAUUAUUCACGCACCCUCAAGAACAAUCAUUCGUUCAUGCUCUACACAUGAAAGCUUCUUCCAAGAUCUUCCACUCCCGAUGGAACCGAAUGUCCUCUCAAGCCGAUCUCCAAGACUUGCGCACGUUCUGGCUGCCCCUCGUCUACUCUCCCUCUGAUAGGGCAAGGACUAUCGGUGCUAACUCCGCCUCCAUUUAUGCGUGUGUGCCCGAUGUCGUCUCCGGACAACACAAUGCAGCCGACUUACAACCGUGCCCCCUCGCACCUCCUCGCUGCCUCCCCAUUUCUUUUGUUUUCAUACAAACAACUCAUAGGUCCUUUCGUUGGUUGGAGUGGGGAUGCUGGCCUUCCAGCUUGUGGUGUACCCCUGGCUGUCGAAACGAAUAGGGGUGACGAAGUCGCAGCGCUGGGCGUGCUUCCUUGCGAUCUUAGUGUAUGCGUUCUUUCCUUUCCUCUCGCGGUUGCGUGGCUCAGGGGUGCUGCUGGUCGUCGGCUCAAUCGUCCUCAACUUCUUUUCCAACGUCACCGCCACUGCAGUGAGUUUUUAUCAACGUCGCUCUGGCGACCAACAACGCGGUUGAACCCUCCCGGCGGGCGACCCUAAACGGGCUGUCCAUGAUGCUCGGAUCCCUGGCGAAGGCCGCGGGCCCGGCUUUUUUCUCGGCCAUCUUCGCAUGGUCAAUCGAUGAUGACGGCCGUCGGCCUUUUCCUCUAGACUACCACCUGGUGUUCUACCUCCUGGCUCUGAGGUGAGGAGGAAAUGUAUGUACGUACGUGGUCCUCCCUUUCUUUGAGGUUGUUUGACCUUCUUGAAAGGGGAAGGGGAGGGGGAGGAGGAGGAGAAGAUGCCGUUGCUUUGCCAGUGUUGCUGCUGCAGGUGCUUCUCAUGCUGUGAUCUCUACCUGCUACGGCAGUUGUUGUUCCUCAUGGCCUGCGAAACCGGGUGCAAUCCUACGCCUGGUUGGCUGUGCACUCGUGGUUGUUUGAUUCCACCAGAACAUUGUUCUCUUAUGCCGCUUUACAUUCCGGAGUGUUGACAUAUUUCCGUCCAUGCAGGACGUCUGUUUGUAUGGCGGGCGUUUCCUCCUUGGGACGCGUGGCUCAUGUGUCACCUUCCCUUCUGGGGUGGAGUUGCCUGCUCCGUAAUUGGCCUUCCCUUGGCUCGACGAAAGAGGGAACCGUUUGUAUCGAAAUUGCCGGAUAGUUGCUGGAUUUCACCGCAACUUGCUGUCUCUCGCUCCCACUGACCUUAGUUUUUCGCUCACGGGUGUUUUCCCCACCCUCAGCAUGACUGCCGUGUGCUGGGCGAGCUGGGACGUUAUCGUCGAUGAUCUUCCCCCGGCGACAGGCUCCAAGGCUGCUGUUGCUGCUGCUGCUGCUGCUGCUGCUGCUGCUGCUGCUGCUACCGAUGGGCGUGCUGAAGAUGACCGCCCGACUUCAUGAUCAUGUGCUGUUGCUUUUGAGACCGUUGAGGAACGCACUUCUAGAAGAUGGUCAUCACCGAACGAAUUCUGCGGCUCGAGUCCUUCUACAGCUCAGGUCUCACGAGAGUUUUGACCAAAGAGAUGUGUAGUAGAGUAAAUUGCGAGUAAACCUAGAAAGAUCAGUGGGCAUGUGCAGCUCAGAGGAGGCACCGUAACUCUAGAGGCUGUGGCCCAUGUAGGCUUUCGUUGCUUCCACAAAGUAGUCAUCAAGCUCCUUACACUUCCAGACAUUCCACGGUUUACUUCAUUUUUCUGUUUUUUGUGUGGAGCCCUUGUUUUCGUAAGGAGGACGUCGAACAACUCUCUUGCCCGGCUGUACUGUAGGGGUGGAUAUUAUGUACAGUUCGUUGGAUGUUUUGUCCUUUUACAAAGGUUUUUGGGAUUUUGUUGGGUGUAUGUGUUGCAGUUCUACUUCGGAAAAUCUUAAUCUUGUAUGCCUUGUUGGCUGAGGAGGUUUCAACAUUUUGAAAACAUAAUUUUUGACGAUGUGUCCCGAAUUCAUUCGCGGUUUGGUUUUAGAGGGGUAUGUAUCCAGGGCUGGGUCCGAAUGAUUCAGUUCCACGGAACAUCAUGGCGAGUUUCGACAACGAUAUGCGGUUUGGAACCCGCCCGUAUUUCUUCGUUAUGCUCCGUCGUUGAGGCGUGAAUUUGAUGCAAACCGGAU